GUUAGAAGAGAAUACGACACCGUUUACAUCGUUCCUAUCUCACUCUAUUCCUCCCACAUACCAUUCGCUCAAAGCCCUAUUUCGGUAUUUCCUAAACCCUCCUAAUAUCUCAUCUCCUUUCUAUUUCACAAAGCAAACCAUUUACAGUCCGUCUCGAUGUUAAGAUGCGCCGGCAGAAAAGCGGACUCAGCCGUCGGAGGCUUCCGGCUGCUGGUGCACUCAUUGGCCCAAGCUGCGCCGUUGGCGACCGCUAUCAACCACCAUUUCAGUACCACAUUGCCGCCGUUUGUUUUGCCGGAAAAUCAUGACGACAAUAAUAUGGGCUCUCGUUUUCUCGAUUCUCCUUUCUUCGGCGGGGCUAUGGAAUUGAUGGCAGUCCCCAAGAGGAAGAUUUCUCCACACAGGAGGGGUAUUAGAAACGGACCAAAGGCUUUGAAACCUGUCCCAGUAAUAAUCAAGUGCAACGCACGAUUCGCCCAAAACUCGCCCUUUGACCUGUUGCUCCAGUCGCAUCAAGGCGGUGCUCCAGCGCGAGGGGGAUCACAACUGUGCUUAGAGCACCAGCUGUGGAUGCUCUUAAGAUGAAACAGCUGUUGUUUAGACCAAUAAUAGAGCUUGCGGAGCAUUCUCUCACAACCCUAAUUUCCAUUCCAGUGUCAUUUGUCAGAUGAUUCGGGUGUGUACCACCAUUUAUCCUCUAUAUAUUGCUUCCUCGUUGCUAUUGAACAUUAAAAUCUUGGCAGGGUAUGCGGCCGUGUUAAGCUACCUCACUUCUUUUGUUGCGGUGGGAUCAAGCCAAAUCCUGAACAAAAUAACAAUUAGAACUGCCUUAUGUGUUCUUGAUCUGUUGAUUACUUACUGGCUGCAUGAAUCAAAGUUUAUGCAAGAGGAAAUCUGAUCUACUGAGCAGGUUAUCGCUUAGAUUUGGCUGUCAUCAUUUUUAUCAAUUGGGAGAGAUUAUGUCUUCUUGCCUGUGAUUUCUACUGCUGUUGGUAGACAACUCUGCAGUUGUUGAUUAGGAUGAGGCUCUGUGCUCAGUGCUGAAUAAUAAUGCUUAUGUUAAAUUUUGGGCUCUGUGUUCUGAUUUAUAAAGCGAUAUUUUCUUGCUGCUGAUAAA